AUGCCGCUGGGACAGGGGGCACAGGACUCAGCACCGGCAGUGUCCGAAAUGGAAGCCGCAGGAUACUUGCCCUGUACGGCAUACCGACUCAGCUCGUCCGCCUCUUCCAAGUUCCCCAUUGCAUUCAUCAAGCAGAUCAUCCCCCCACGGCAUUGCCUCGUGCUCGGGUGCUCGGGCCCCAAGGUAGCUUCAAAGCUCUCCAAGGCUCGCUGGUACAACGGCUCUGCUUCAGAGUACGUACCCAUUCUGCAAAGCAAGGUGGCCAAGCUGUUGACAGAGCCCAACGUGCUCGGGUGCUCGGGCCCCAAGGUGGCCUCCUGGCGCUCCAAGGCUCGCUGGAACAACGGCUCUGCUUCAGAGUAA